GCGAGGGCGGUCGUGGAACAUUGCGUCGCGAGCAUGUCGGACAGCGGGCGAGAUUCCGACCCAGGCCAUGUGAAAGACGGUUUAUGCGGCGAGAUAGACAUGUCAAGGACAGUCGUGAUAUAUGCGCCUGACUUCUGAAAUCCGACGGCUGGAGCGGGCUUGAGGGCACGACAACAGCCUAGCAAUGGAUAUGCAAGUCUAGUAGCAAGUACCAGCCGUACAUUAUACCCCAGCUGUGGCAGGAAGACCGGCGGCGGCGGAUACGGCGGGGGCACAGCGAUAUCGACAUGCAGUCCUCUCCUCGUCCGGGAGGUUGCGCAACAUCGGAUAGGCAUGGACGCACGGUACGCACCGCUUUCCCAGUACCCGGACAUUCGCAUGCGCGAGCGAGGGCCUUCUGGCCUUCUCCUUUCACGGGGCGAGUUGUCUGCCUGCGAUUACAUCAAGGGCGGUUUAGACGUCAAACUGCCACGCGAUCGAGGUACCCAGAGAGUUUGAGAAAGCGCAGUAAGACAAGAAAUCGAGCAGCGGAUGGCAAGGGACACGUAAGUAUGAGCCCAGGACAGCAGGACAGCAGGACAGCAG